CCAGGGGUCUCUAAACCAACAUGUUCAAGCUCAACGGCACAGUCUUCAUGCCCUCGGUGCUGACACUGAUCGGGAUCCCCGGCUUGGAGUCUGUGCAGUUCUGGAUUGGAAUUCCUUUCUGUGCCAUGUACAUCAUUGCUCUAUUUGGAAAUUGCCUGCUCCUGGUCAUCAUCAAAUCUGAACGCAGCCUCCAGGAGCCCAUGUAUCUCUUCCUGGCAAUGCUUGGAGCAACAGAUAUUGCUCUCUGUACCUGCAUCCUACCAAAAAUUCUAGGCAUAUUCUGGUUUCAUCUGCCAAAAAUAUACUUUGAUGCCUGUCUCUUUCAGAUGUGGCUUAUCCACACCUUCCAGUGCAUUGAAUCAGGAAUUCUGCUAGCCAUGGCCCUGGACUGCUAUGUGGCCAUCUAUGAUCCCCUGAGACAUGCAACCAUCUUUACGCACAAACUUCUCACUCAGAUUGGGGUUGGCGUGACGCUCAGAGCAGCCCUCCUUGUAGCUCCAUGUCUCAUCCUCAUCAAAUGUCAGCUGAAACACUACCGGACCACUGUGGUUUCCCAUUCAUACUGUGAGCGCAUGGCCAUCGUGAAGUUGGCAGCAGAAGAUGUUCGAAUCCACAAGAUCUAUGGUCUGUUUGUGGCUUUCACUAUACUUGGGUUUCACAAAAUCUUCAUCACAUUCUCCUAUAUCCGAAUAUUUCUAACUGUCUUCAAUCUGCCUCAGAAGGAAGCUAGGCUCAAAGCUUUCAACACCUGCUUUGCCCAUAUUUGUGUCUUCCUCGAGUUUUAUCUCCUGGCUUUCUUCUUCUUUACUCACAGGUUUGGGUUCCAUAUUCCGCCCUACAUUCAUAUUCUUCUGUCCAACCUUUAUCUGCUUGUUCCUCCUUUGCUCAAUCCUAUUGUGUAUGGAGUGAAGACCAGACAGAUUCGAGAUCGAGUGUCCAAGAUUUUCUACUCUAAAGAUCCUUCUUGAUUUCUCAUUUAACUUUUUUCAAAUAAUAAAAUUUCACUUUGAGAAAUACUAGUUGGGGGCCAGAUUUUGUGCUUUCUCAAGUUCAUUUGUGCUGCUGAAAUACACAGUUCUAGAUCUUAUGUUCAAGACAGGUUCUAACUCGUAUUUAAACAAUAUCAGCAAUUAUGCAUACAGAAUUGUUUGCAACACACAUUUAAUCAAUAGGUUGUGUAAAAGGAAGAAAUUCUGAAGACUUGCUUGUAGCUGCAUUAGCUUUUAGUAAAAGGCAUUUCUUUUCUUU